AUGAAUCUAACCCAGACCUGCCUUCUGAUAUCGUGCCUGGUCAUUUCAGCUCCAGCAAUGUUCUUUGAUUUGUCACAGCAGAGGGAAAAGUGUAUAAUUGAAGAGAUUCCAGAGGACACCCUUGUCACAGGUUAUGUCUUAUUAGAACACUGGGAUAAAAAGCAGGACCACUCUCCACACCUUGGAUUAACCAUCACUGUUAAAGAUCCUAAUCUUGAGGUAUUGUUGAUGAAAAAAUUGGGUAAAUAUGGAAAAUUCACCUUCACAUCCCAUUUCUCUGGUCAGCAUUUCCUUUGUAUGAAAUCAAACACGACGCGAUUCUCUGUGUUUGCAAAUGAACGUUUGAAAGUACAUCUCGAUGUGCAGAUGGUAGAACACACCAUCGAUCCCAGUGCUGUCAAGACCAAAGACACCAUUGAAUCAGUGAAGUUCAAAAUACAGCACCUGAUAGCCCAGAUGCAGUUCAUCAGCAAGCAGCAAAACUUCGAACGGGAACGUGAGGAAACAUUUCGUCAAAUGAGUGAAGAAACAAAUGGAAAUGUUUUGUGGUGGGCGAUAAUCCAAACCUCAGUACUACUCACUGUGGGAAUCUGGCAAAUGAGAAGCUUGAAGAACUUUUUCAUCGAAAAGAAAUUGGUCUAA